AUGUUAUCCUUUCAUAAUCUGUAUUUCUAUCUAUGCCAAUCCCUUGAUAGACGCUCGCAAAAGGAAAGCAACAAAGUCAUUCUCCAACUGACCGGCAACAAAGUAUUCAGGAUCAGCGUCAUCCGCAGUGCCGCUGUCGCAAUACUCGACUCCUUCCAAGCCCUAAAUGUUCGUUGGACUAUCUACGGUGAUCUAGCAUGGUAUCUUCUCUGUGGUUCAGCAACCGGUGGCUCCGUGGUGGCAACUGGACAUUCACGUCGUGGGCGAUUCAUCGACCCUCGCUUAUGCCACCCAGCGCCUAGCAAGCAGAUCACCGAUUCUCCUUCGCCAUGCAGGUCACCGACAGCAAACGUCGAUAUCCUCAUCUUGUCUUCGGCGGGCUCGGAAGUCGUCAAGCGCAGCCUGGUCAACCAGGAUCCCCUCCAUUUUUACCUCAGAAAGGCUAAGGCAUCGGGAGCCACUUACCAAGUCUCAUGGUAUCAGCACCGUCAAUAUAUCGGAGAAGGGGUUCCCCUUGAGGUGCUUCUCCUGCACAAGCUCCAGGGAUGGCAUGAUCAUAUGACGCCACCCAAGCUACACAAGCAAAGAAAGCAGACUGUCGAUGUAGCAGACGUUCAGUGUACCCUCAAGAUUGUGCUCCGGAGCUUGACGGGUUCUCAUAGAUCGUGGGCCUGGGCGGCGCUGAGUUUCUUUAAGGAGUUGUUCCAGCGCCUUACGACGAAUAGGGUGAAGCUUUUCUGUUUCACCUUUGUGGAUUCACGUAGGGAUGAUUGGGAUGAGCUGGGAUUUGAGCUGUGCGAGCUCCGUUCUAUAUCUUUUGUCUACACGCAGCACCUCGUCUUCGGCGCGGAGCCGCGGCCUCCACGAGCUGGGGGGCUCACUAUCGAAUUUGAUAUGCCGCAAGAGAAAUAUGGGAGUAAGAUUGUCGUGUUGACACCACUGGUCACUGCUACGGGAACCCACGAAGAAGACCCUCUCAAAGUCAACUAUCACCACCUGAACAUCCUCCACGUCGACUUCAUGGCGGGCCAGGCAGCGCUUGGUGGAGCAAACAGGUCGUGGAGCCAAAUCGCCAUGGAGAACACAAAGGUUUAUAAAUUCCAUAGCCAAUCGGAAGAUGGUGGAACAUAUAGCAUCCCGGUGCUCCUCGCCCAGAUCAUCAGCAACGAUCUUUUCCCUUUCGUCUGCCUUCUCGCAGAGAUAACGCAGGUCCUUCCCAGUGACAUGCUCCAAUAUUGA